UGUUAUGAGACCAUUUCAUCUUCUGAAGAGACUGAGAUUAGGCCACCGACCACGCAGACAAUUUAUUCUAACAAAGCACAGAUAUUCGAGCAGUAUGCCACCACCCAGACGGUCUCUUUUCAGACUGACUCCAUUUCGUAUUUUGGUAAUUGGAACCACGGGCACGGGUAUUGUGUAUGCGAAAAAAGUUUCGAAUUGGAUUGAUGAAACAUCAAAUAAGUUCAAUCUGCCCUUAACUGCUUUGACUAACUAUACAAAAAUGGUAGGAGAUGUUUCUGCGAGUGGAUUUGCGAAGAUGAAAUCACAACUCGCAGAGUUGAGUAUUUCGACUGACAUGCUGAAGUCCAACAGUUCAUCAAACGUGAACCACAAAGUAGGAGGAGUGUCGUCCUUUUUUGGAACUGAAGUGGCCAAUGCGGGUAAAAAAGAAGGGUUUUUCAAGUCCGAUAAAGAUGAGACUUUCAAAGAGCAGCUGAAACAGCAGAAGGAAAUCGAACGCCUGGAAAAGGAAAAUAAAGAAUUGAGAAAAAUCAUUCUGGAGUCGGAAAGUGGAAGGCGCGGAGGUGUGAAGAAGUCUGGAGGGGGGCGAAGUUUGACGACGAACUUAGUGGACAUGUACUCUGAGAUCCUGGAAGAAUUGAUGGAGUUUGACUCUUCUUUCGACGUGCAGGACCAUCUGCCAAGAGUGGUGGUUGUGGGGGAUCAGUCGGCUGGGAAAACCAGUGUCCUCGAAAUGGUUGUCCAGGCCAGAAUCUUCCCCAGAGGAUCUGGAGAAAUGAUGACCAGGUGCCCGGUUAUGGUGACACUUAGUGAAGGUCCCUAUCACAUAGCUCAGUUCAGAGACAGCAACCGCGAGUUUAACUUGACAGACAAAGCGCAGCUCAAAAGUCUGAGACAGGAAAUCGAAUUGAGAAUGAAGUCAAUUUCGAAGAAUUCGAACAAGACUAUUGCGAGUGAAAUCAUUUCACUGAACGUCAAAGGUCCAGGCCUGCAGCGGAUGGUUUUGGUAGACUUGCCGGGAAUUAUCAAUAUCGAGACGACGGGAAUGGCUGAAAACACAAAGCGUGAAAUCGAGAGAUUGUCUAAAAAGUAUAUGGGCAAUCGUAAUGCAAUUAUACUUUGCGUGCAAGAUGGCUCAGUGGACGCUGAGCGUAGUUUAGUCACUGAUUUGGUUUCGUCGGUGGAUCCAACUGGAGGUCGAACCGUGUUCGUAAUGACGAAAGUGGACGUAGCCGAACAAAAUGCAGCUGACGUGUCCAGAAUCAGAAGUAUUCUCGAAGGAAAAAGGUUUCCCAUGAAAGCUAGAGGGUAUUUUGCUGUUGUUACGGGAACUGGGCGCAAAACCGAUGACGAAAUAAGCAGUAUAAAAUCAUACGAAGAGGAUUUCUUUUCUAAGUCUCAACUUCUGAAAUCGGGAAUCAAAAGAUCUCAACUCACUACGCAUAAUUUGACUGUUGCAGUUUCUGAGUGCUUUUGGCAGAUGGUCAAAGCGUCGAUAGAACAGGAAGCCGACAGUUUCAAAGCGAAGUUAUUCAAUUUGGAGUCACAGUGGAAAAAUAAGUUUGCAGGCAGUCGAGAACUAGACCGUGAUGGUCUUUUUGAGAAAGCCAAGUAUGAUAUCUUGGAUGAAAUAUUGGAAUUGGGGAACGUGAACGCAAAGCACUGGGAUGAAAAAUUGUACAAAAGCUUGUUUGACAAUCUUGGAAAAGAAGUGUUUGAAAAAGUUUAUUUCCCAGUGCUCAAAAACCCUGAUGAGGAUUUCUCAACACUCGUUGACAUUCAGCUGCAUCGUUGGGCCGAGAGAUCACUCCCAUUAAAAUCGGUCGAAGUUGCUCAAGAUGUUCUGCUAAAUGAGCUGUUCAGUUUGUGGUCAAAGAAAUCGAAUAACAGGCUGUUUGAGCCUCUGAGAAAUCUGGUCAAAGAGGAACUGAAAGGAGGAGUUUCUUGGGACUCAAGAGCGCCGGAUAGUUUGAGACAUAUUCAAGCAGCUUCCUUGCAAGACAAAUCAGUUCCUGACAACCAAGCGUGGAAGAAUGCAGCUGCCUUUAUGGAAAAAGUGUUGCUCUCAGAGCAAAAGAAAUUAAGCGAAGAGUUUAAAAGCUCGUUAGGUCCAGGAAUAGUGGAGCGAUGGACCAGCUGGAAGUAUGUCGAACCAGAUGAGCAAAGGAGGCGUCUCAUCAACUCUGAAAUUGACGUGAUUCUGAAGACAGAACCUAUGCAUGAUUAUGCAUUGAACAGCGAUGAGCUGACAGCCAUUAGAAAGAAUAUUUCCCUGCGUGAUAAAAAGAUGGCAGUUGACAAUACUUUCAUCCAGGAAGUGUGGAAUACCAGGUACAAGAUGCAUGUAGUUGAGCAGUCUAUAGCCCGCUGCAAAGAUUGCAAGACGUUUUUCUACCACUACCAACGCGGUUUCAAGGAGCCAGGAUUAUCAUGUGAUGAUAUAGUGCUAUUUUGGCGUCUGCAGAAAACGCUAGAAACUACAGUACAGUCGCUUAGACAGCACAUUCUGAACUCUGAGACGAAACGACUGGAUGAGUAUAUUAAAAAUAUGUUGGAUAAUCUGUCAACUAACAGUGAAGAGAAGCGAAAGUUGAUCACUGGGAAGCAAGUUGAAUUGGCAGAACAGCUAAAGAAAGUGAGAAGCAUUUACAAUAAGCUGGAAAACUUUGCGGCAGCUGUAAAAGAAGAAAAGUAAAAGUGUUUUUUAUGCUAUAUACAUGAAAAUAAAUAAAUUAUUAAUUGAAGUUUAUGCACGAAUAAGUUAAUUUUGCUCGUUUCA